AUGGCGGCCUCCCCGAAGGCGGUGGUCGUGAUCAGCGGCAAGCGAAAGUCUGGCAAAGAUUACAUCAGUGAACAGUUACGCAACAAACUGGGUCCAGAUAAAUGUGCAGUGCUUCAUCUCUCGGGGCCUUUAAAGAAACAGUAUGCAAAGGAGCAUGACCUUGACUUUGAGAAAUUACUGGAUGCCACAGCCUACAAAGAAACUUAUCGAGCUGACAUGAUUCGCUGGGGAGAAGAGAAGAGAAACCAGGAUCCGGCUUUUUUCUGCAGAUUAGCCACAUCAGGGGAGGACUCAGGGAAAGAUGUCUGGAUUAUUUGUGAUGCCAGGAGAUUAUCGGACGUUGAGUAUUUUCAGAAAAAUUAUAACAAAGUGACCACACUUGUUCGGGUGCAAGCAGACACGGACACCAGGAAGCAGAGGGGAUUUGUUUUCACACAAGGUGUAGAUGACGCUGAGUCGGAGUGUGGGUUGGAUUCGGGUGUGGACUGGGAUGUGAUCAUCAACAACAACGGGGACCAGAAGCAGCUUGAAGAUGACAUUCACAAGCUACUAGAGCACAUCCACUUGUAG